AGGGCCUGCUCUUCAAGAAGAACAGCUUUAUUCCGGUGUAUUUUUCGGCAGUCCACAGCCUUCAGAAGGGCAGGAUGAUUAUAUCGGGGACAAUGACGAUGAAGAGGAGAUUAUCCUAUGGAAAAACGUUCCCACCCCAUAGUCAAGAUGGGGAAGCGAAGCGGCAAGACAAAUCUACAAGUUUUGGCUGUUCUGCAUGACAAAUUUGGACUCGUAGUGUAGUGCUGUUUGAGCUACCUCAGCAGCAUCACAGACCUAGUAUAUCAUCCUGAUAUGAGCAUGACAAAUUCCACAACACGGCGAGAAAAUGCUUCUCGUGGGGCUCCGCAUGAGAGACAUUUUCAGCAUGCAGAUUUGCAUUACAACUAUGGGGUGGGGACGUUUUUAAACACGAUAGAGAUCAGCCCGGGCGCCGAAGACAAUUUUCACUUGCGGAUGGCGGAGGAGCAGCUACGCCUCCAAAACCAGUUGGUGCACCGCGACAAGACGAUCGGGGAAUUGCGAGAUAUUUUUACCGUCGACGACAUUCGGGAGCAGAUCGACGAUAUGCAUGGCAAAUAUGUCUGGGUCUGGAAAGUUGGAACUUGUAAUGCUGGCCUUACAUUGGUGUGAAAUCUGUAUUGCGUGACUAACAAAAGUCGCAGCCUGUUUUGUCAAACAAAAACGCAGGUUCUGAUGCGGAAUGUGUAUGAGAAAUAAAGCGGUCUCCUGCUGCAAACUUGUUAUGCUUUCGUGCAUAAGGAAGCGUUUUCAACAUCAUGCGCACUGUAGCGUCACAAAUUUCCAGACCGAGACAUGUUUGCAUUUGAUAGACGAGACGCUGGCGGAACAGAUCGAACACGAGGAGCGUGAAGAGAACGAGGAGACGCUGGAACGGCUGUAUGCCGCGAAAUGGCGGGAGCUGCUGGACGAAGAUAAGCAAAUCAAGCUACAGGAACUGGAAAUUCAGGAUCAGGCACGGAGAUUGGGCGGAGAGGAUGCUGAACAUGAUGAAACAUCAAAAGUCGAGACAGCAGCAUCGUCAAAAUUCCUCGCGGACUUUGCGCAGUCGGAGGCGCAGAAAAAAGCCCAGCUGGGCAACCAACUCGCCCACAAGGACAAAACCGUGCAGGAGCUGCUAUGGCGUUCUCAGCUGUUACAAUCUCAAGUGUUGCAUGAAUUUGCAAUGCAAGAACAGCAAGAAUCAAGGUGGCAAGCUUGCUGCUUUCGCAUCACAGAUUCGGCACAGAUUUAGAUGCUGUUUGGCCCUUCGGAGAUUUGUCAUGCGAAGUACUUAGCUUGAUCAUCUGGCGGCUUAUGGUAGUUCUGCAUGGGAAAUCCAUGUAACAGUUGAGAAUGUAACAUUUGAGAAUCCCAUAGCUGCUCGCCGUGUGCGCUCUGGGUGAGAUCCGCGAAUCGGUGGACCCAGAAGUCGCGGAGAAGAUCGAAUUAGAAAUGAACAACGGGACCGACGAAAUGGUCGCAGCGCUGAGCGGUAUGCUGUGGCGGGAUCUGCUGAGCGAGGCCGG